AUGUCACUUACAGUACAUUACCUUGAUAAUAAUAGCUAUGAUUAUUAUGAUGAUAAUUAUGAUUAUGCUCCCUUAUGUGAAAUUAAUGAAGCCAACUACUUUGGAGCAGUUUUUACACAAGUCUUGUACAGCCUUAUCUUUAUUUUCACCUUGAUUGGGAAUAUCUUGGUUUUGUGGAUCCUGAUGAGAUACGAGAAGACAAAAACUGUAACGGACAUCUUUAUUUUGAAUCUGGUUGCCUCUGAUCUGAUUUUUGGCUGUUCACUUCCAUUCUGGACUGUGGAUCACACACAUGGAUGGAUCUUUGGCAAGGCCAUGUGCAAGAUAAUGAGUUCAAUUUUCUUCAUCAGCUACUACAGUGGGAUCCUACUGCUGACAUUAAUGACUAUAGAUAGAUACCUUGUGGUAGUUUACCCUCUGUUUGCUGUAAGAAGCAGGCGGCUCUACUAUCGUGUGGUGGCCUGCUUGGCAGUUUGGUGCGUUAGCUUCUUAGCCACAAUCCCAGAAAUGAUCUUUUCUGAUGUCUCAGUUAAUUUGGAUGAAAGCUUAAGAUGUGAAAGUGUAUAUCCAAUGGAGACUGAGCAAAUAUGGCUAGGCAUGCAAUGUUUUCAACAAAACCUUUUGUUCUUUUUGAUCCCCCUUGUUGUUAUUUUGUACUGCUACUCCAGGAUUCUUAACACUGUUGUUAAGUGCAGAGCCCGCAAGAAAUUCAAAACAGUGAAGGUUAUCUUCUGCAUUGUGACAGUGUUUUUUGUUUGUUGGGCACCAUACAAUUUGGUCGUCUUCUUGCUGUCUUUGGCUGAUCUCAAUAUUCUAACAGCUGUUUCGUGUGACAUCAGGAACCACCUGAUUUUUGCAUUUUACAUUUGUCGGGACAUUGCUUAUUUCCACUGCUGUCUAAAUCCUUUCUUUUAUGCUUUGGUUGGAACAAAGUUCAGGAAACACUUAAAGAAAGUAAUAUACAUCUAUUUUCCUUUCCAGAAUUUCCAGAGGCAAUCCAAGCACAGUGUCAGAAGUCGUUAUUUGAGCAGUUCAUAUGAGCAUUCUAAUUCUUCUGCUUUUAACACUAUCUAA